AUGAGUGAUGGUUAUAUAUUGGGAGGAAAUUUACACGAAUUGAAUGAUAAACACAUUAAGAAAUUGAUACAUUUAAAGUUCAAUGACGAUCCCAUCCUGUUGAUUAGACAAUUAUCGCAGGAUCUCACGAGUAAAGAGACCGAAUUAAUAAUUCUAAGGAAGGAGAAAUUUUUACGAGAGCAAGAAUUAUUAAAAAUAUGUAAUGAAUAUGGGAACCUAUCAAGCCUAGAGAUUGAUAGGAAACUUAAUAACUUAAAGUUUGAUCACAACAUUGAUAAAGUCCUAGGUGACUUGAUUGAGGAUGCAAUUGAAGAUAAUUUAUUGGACUCAGGAACCGACAAACCGGCUGAUUCUCAAUCAGUUGAAGAAAAAGCAAACGGAUGGUUAGGUCAAUGGUUUAACAAGAGUAGGUCUACUCCAAACUUGAUUCAAAAUACAAUAGGGUCAGGGAAAUCCAUAAGUCGUGAACCCAAACCAGUUGAAUUCGAGAAUCCUGGUGAUCCUCCGGCACCAGUAGAGUUACAUGAUAUAAACUUCGACCCCAAGACCGAAGAAGAAGAUAAGUUGAAAAAAGAACUAAACACCGAUAAAUAUGGAUUUUUCAAUGAUCCAGAGGACUUAUUGUUUAAGAUUAAGAAAGAGAAAGAUACCAAAAAAAGUGAACUUAGUUUAGAUGAAAAGAGUAAACUGAAUAUUCCAAUUAAUAGAUUGAAAGAAUUGGGAAGACUACAUGAUGAUGAGAAAAAUCAAAUGAGCCAAAAAUGGGACGUAUUUAUCAAGGAAGUAUUAAAGGCAUAUUAUAAGAAAAAGAAAGGAGGUAAGGUACUAAACAAUGAUGAAGUUUUUGGUAUGAAGGGGUUAAAUUUAAUUAAAUACAACAAAGCACAGGAGACUGAAGGAGAAGAGCAUAACAAAAUGUAUGAUAAUCUAAUAAAGUUAGUUGAACUGGGGAUUCCCAAUAAAUACCGUAAUAACCUCUGGAUGGAAUUACUGGGAGCAACUAAUCAUAAAAUCCCUGGAGAAUACCAAAGAUUAGUUAAGUAUAGCUUGAAUAACGAACCCACCAAUAACAUGAAUCAAAUAAAUCUAGACUUGCAUCGUACAUUACCUUCGAAUAUUCAUUUCAAUGACUUACUCAAUUCUCAACCAGGAAGAAAUUUUUAUAAACUACAAAGAAUUUUAUAUGCUUUUGCUAAUUACAAACCCGAAAUUGGAUACUGUCAAGGAAUGAAUAAGAUAGUUGGUAAUUUAUUAUUAGGAUUGAAUCAUAAAGAAGAAGAGGUGUUUUGGUUAUUUGUUGCAUUAAAUGAACUGCUUCCUCAAUAUAUCACACCCAGCAAUAAAAUUAUCAACUAUUUUGAUAAUGAAUCAUUAGAAUAUAUAAGAAUGGACCAAAAAAUAAUGAUAGAUUCCUUCUUCCCAAAAGUCAUGCCUAAAUUAUAUAAUCAUUUAAAUUCACUUAAAAUCCAAAUCGAAUUUAUCACUUUGAAUUGGUGGUUAUCACUAUUUACUGAAAACUUCCUCACUCUAGAAAUUUGGUUCAAAGUCUUUGAAAAUUUGUUGAUCAGUCAACAUAUAGAAAUAAAGUUAAUUAGCUUGACACUUUCUAUUUUCAAAAUUUUUGAAAAUUUGCUUUUGAGUAUUACAAACAGUGACGACAUUUACCUCAUUAUGAAUAACCUAAAUCUCAACAACUCUACCAAGAUGAAUCUUAAAUUCAGUGAAAUCAUAAGCAUUAAUAAUUCCAUUGAAAAAAGACUCAGCAUAAAAGAGUUAUCUACCAAGCGAGUUGAUCUAAGACGUUCGUGCCAAUUGAAUGACUGA